GAUUUUAGUCUGAGGCGAAGCUUCGGAGCGGCCGGUACUGUUGAGAGCGACAAGUGGAGGCGCCGCUCUAGCGGCCGGGACUCUGAACUAUGGCGGUAGGUACCGAAUCUGAGUUUAAAGCCAGGGAUAUUUUUCUGCUACGUUCCAACGGUGGGUGAACGGCUCCCAGAACCUUGUUCGUGUGUAUGUGUGUAGACAAAAUGGCGCCGCGGCCUUCUUCUGCGCCCGCCAUCAUGGCUGCCUGCUGUAGGGAGGGGGAAGUAAGGCGGUGUUGGUGGGGGUGGGGAGCCGCAGGGAGUGCCUUUUCUUUCCAGAACUUUCCUCCUCUCUUCCCCAACCCUACGUUCCUUUCGCCUCACUGAACUUCCUCCAUUUUCGCUUAUUCACCCUGGCUAGUGAUUUAUUCUAAGUUUUUUAGGGCCUGAGAAUUUGCGGUGGAGAAAGGGGCUGGGGAAGAGAAAGACGAUCAGGAGUGGUCUCUGAAAAGUAUUGGGUCAAAAAGGCAGUGUCUCUAAGGGGUAGUGUGGGAGAAGAGAGCGACUUGUAGCUAUUUUUUUUUUUUUGUACGCUCAAUGAGAUGCUCCUAGUUGCAUAAUUUCAAUUAGUGUUCGUCAGUAUAAACCUUAUUAUUGUGUAUUAACGAGCUGGGAAGGUAUUGCUGAAAGGGAGUGAAAAUUCAACUUAAAAGGUUGUGGAACUACCAAUUCUGACUGAUGCGAGGUUUCCGAAGUGGCCCGUGAUGUAAUCAAUUUGAAGUCCGAGAAGAAUUACACCCAGAGCACAUGUGAGGAGAGGCAGACCAUAUUUUGCAGCAGCACUGUGCCAAGGGGCUGUUUUCAUUAAAGAGGGUUAAUGACAUUAAGAUGAGGUUCUCACUUAGGCUAGUGAUACAGAACGAGAUGGACUAGCCCCAGAAAAGACAUCACCAGAUAGAGAUAAGAAAAAAGAGCAGUCAGAUGUAUCUGUUUCUCCUAGAGCUUCAAAACAUCAUUAUUCAAGAUCACGAUCAAGGUCAAGAGAAAGAAAACGAAAGUCAGAUAAUGAAGGAAGAAAACACAGGAGCCGGAGCAGAAGCAAAGAGCGUGCUUAUGCGCGAAGAGACUGAACUGAAGACGCUGCAGACUCAGAUAGCAAAAUAAUAAGCCUACUUCAUGAUAAGAACCAACUUCUUCUUAAAACAGGCAAGAAGACAUGAAUCCAAAGAUAAAUCCUCUAAGAAACAUAAGUCUGAGGAACAUAAUGACAAAGAACAUUCUUCUGAUAAAGGAAGAGAGCGACUAAAUUCAUCUGAAAAUGGUGAGGACAGGCACAAACGCAAAGAAAGAAAGUCAUCAAGAGGCAGAAGUCACUCAAGAUCUAGGUCUCGUGAAAGACGCCAUCGUAGUAGAAGCAGGGAGCGGAAGAAGUCUCGAUCCAGGAGUAGGGAGCGGAAGAAAUCGAGAUCCAGAAGCAGAGAGAGGAAGAAAUCGAGAUCCAGAAGCAGGGAAAGAAAACGGCGGAUCAGGUCUCGUUCCCGCUCAAGAUCAAGACACAGGCAUAGGACUAGAAGCAGGAGUAGGACAAGGAGUAGGAGUCGAGAUAGAAAGAAGAGAAUUGAAAAGCCGAGAAGAUUUAGCAGAAGUUUAAGCCGGACUCCAAGUCCACCUCCCUUCAGAGGCAGAAACACAGCAAUGGAUGCACAGGAAGCUUUAGCUAGAAGGUUGGAAAGGGCAAAGAAAUUACAAGAACAGCGAGAAAAGGAAAUGGUUGAAAAACAAAAACAACAAGAAAUAGCUGCAGCAGCUGCAGCUACUGGAGGUUCUGUUCUCAAUGUUGCUGCCCUGUUGGCAUCAGGAACACAAGUAACACCUCAGAUAGCCAUGGCAGCUCAGAUGGCAGCCCUGCAAGCUAAAGCUUUGGCAGAGACAGGAAUAGCUGUUCCUAGCUACUAUAACCCAGCCGCUGUUAAUCCAAUGAAAUUUGCUGAACAAGAGAAAAAAAGGAAAAUGCUUUGGCAGGGCAAGAAAGAAGGGGACAAAUCCCAAUCUGCUGAAAUAUGGGAAAAAUUGAAUUUUGGAAACAAGGACCAAAAUGUCAAAUUUAGGAAAUUGAUGGGUAUUAAGAGUGAAGAUGAAGCUGGAUGUAGCUCAGUUGAUGAAGAAAGUUACAAGACUCUGAAGCAGCAGGAAGAAGUAUUUCGAAAUUUAGAUGCUCAGUAUGAAAUGGCAAGAUCACAAACCCACACACAAAGAGGAAUGGGUUUGGGUUUCACAUCUUCAAUGCGAGGAAUGGAUGCAGUUUGAAAAUGAUCACACUUGUAAAGUUUGGGACUUAUAGACUUCUUGUUCUGAUGUCACGUCCUUGUUCACCAAACAGCUAGCACUCUAGCUUGCAUGGGUGUUGCAUUGACUUUAAUUUAUUGAAAAAUACAAAUUUUUGUAAAUAUCAGAUCAGUGAUACUGGUGUUAGUGUUGUAAUCAGGUUAAACCCACUUCCAUUAAACUUGACAGGACUAUAGAAGGACAAUAUUUUUUAGUUCAUGAAUUCUACUUUUCAAAUAUAUAAAAGCUGCAGGUGGGGAUAAAAUCUCAUACAUGGAUUUUUUCGUGUCCGCUGUCUUGUGUACUUUUGUACUUAACCUUGUACAGUUAUUUUCAUCUCUUGAAACAUGAAAGAAAUGUUAUGUAGAUGUUCUUUAGAAGAUCUGGCCAUUUGGUACAUAAUCCAGCACAGAUAAGCUGGGUGGUAAUGAUAAUAAAAAUGGUUUUCUCAAAA